AUGGGCAAAGACCCAUCUAUGGGAGCUGACCUCAGCCAUGCGGACACUCCCAGCCCCAACAACUGGCCGCAGACUCCCUCAACGCCGAGACCAGCCGUGGCCAGGACUCACCCCAAAGGUCCAGCCGUGGGGAUCGACCUGGGCACCACAAAUUCCUGUGUGGCGGUCUGCCAGAGGGGGAGGGUAGAGGUCCUGGCCAACAACCACAACAGCCGCGCCACCCCCAGCUGCGUGGCUUUCACUGCCCGGGAGCGCCUGGUGGGAGAACCGGCGGAGCUCCAAGCCAGCCUCAACCCAGAAAACACCAUCUGUGACGUGAAGCGGCUGAUUGGCCGCAGGUACAAUGACCCCAUGGUGCAGUCAGACCUGAAGAACUGGCCGUACCGUGUGGUGGAGGCUGCCAACGGCAAAGCCAAAGUCCAGGUGUCCCACGGAGGGGUGGAGAAGGCGUUCUACCCCGAGGAGAUCUCCGCCAUGGUGCUCUACAAGCUGAAGCAGGUGGCUGAGGCUUCCUUAGGCCGCCCGGUCACCCAGGCCGUCGUCACGGUCCCGGCUUACUUCAACGACGCCCAGCGCCAGGCCACCAUUGACGCAGCGGCAAUUGCAGGGCUUGACGUCCUGAGCUUAGUCAGCGAACCCACUGCAGCCGCCGUGGCUUAUGGGCUCAAGGAGAACCGCCAAUGCAAGGGGAGGAGAAACAUCCUCAUCUUUGAUCUGGGCGGGGGCACCUUUGAUGUCUCCAUCCUCACGGCCCAGGAUGGCAUCUUUGAAGUUGCGGCUACAGCGGGGGAUUCCCACUUGGGGGGAGAGGAUUUUGACCAAAGGCUGGCCAACCACCUCGCCCAAGAGUUCAAGAACAAGCAUCAGGAGGACCCCACCGAGAGCAGGAAGGCAAUGCAGAGGCUGAGGGUGGCCUGCAGGAAGGCCAAGCAGACCCUGAGUUCCAACACGGCAGCCACAGUCUCCGCUGACUCACUCUACAAGGGCAUUGACUUCCACGCCACCAUCACCCGGGCCUGCUUUGAGGAUCUGUGCUGCGACCUCUUUCACGCCACCAUGCUCCAGGUGGAACAGGUGCUGGAGGAAGCGGGGAUCAAGAAGAGCCAGGUGCACGAGAUUGGGCUUGUGGGGGGCUCCACCCACAUCCCCAUGGUCCAGAGGCUUCUGUCAACUUUCUUUGAUGGACAGAAGCUGUGCAGAACCAUCAGCCCCCAGGAGGUGGUGGCCCACGGGGCAGCCAUCCACGCUGCCGUCCUGACAGGCCACCGAUACCAGAACCUGCAGAACCUUCUCCUGCUAGACGUGACGCCAGUCUCCCUGGGGCUGGAGACCGUGGGUGGUGUGAUGGACGUGCUGGUCAAGCGUAACUCCCCCAUCCCCACGAGGGAGAGCAGGAAUUUCUCCACCACCGACGACAACCAGAGCAGCCUCUUCUUGCAGAUCUACGAAGGGGAGCGGAUGUUGACGAAGCACAACCGCCUGCUCGGCACCAUCGCUCUGAGUGGCCUCCAGCCGGCGCCACGAUGUGUCCCAAUUAUUGUGGUCACCUUUCAGAUCGACCACAACAACAUACUCACCGUUUCAGCCUUGGAAAGGAGCACAGACAACAAAAAGCAGCUCACCAUCGUCGACACCCGGGGCCGGCUGGAUCGAGAGGAGAUGGAGAGGAUCCUGCAGGAGGAGGAGGAAUACCGAGCACAGGAGAAGCUGGAGGAGGAGAAGCUGGAGGCCUUCAACGCCUUGGAGACCAGCACGCUCCAGCUCAAGAGGGCGGCAGCGGAGAAGUCCCUGGACGACCGGGCCAAGCGGCGGGUGCUCGAAAUGUGCGAGGAGACGGCCGUGUGGAUGGAGGACAACCGCUUCGCUCCAAAGAAAGCCUACGAGGAACGGAAGAAGGAGCUGGAAGAGGUCUGCUGCACCAUCAUCACGCACUUUAGCGCGGACAGGGAGAAGCCUUGAGAAGCCAGGGAGGAGCAGCCAAACAAAUCCUAGCUCCAAACUUCUUGAGGAGACUGC